AUGAAUCACGUGGUGGUUUCUGUGACAACCAACCCUACAGCUAGUCAAUUUGAAGCCGCGUAUAAAAGAUUAUUAAUACACAAUGAAAUAGUUACAUCUUCCCAGACAAAUUACAUAUCUCAAGACACAACCGAAAUACUGUCAACCACUAGUGCUUCCAAGAAAUCCAAUUCAGUAUCAAAUUCUUUGGACCUUAUUUUAGGCAAUUUGGUGUGUCUAGAAGGUGUAGUGACAAUGAGAUCAGAUGUUAAUCCGGUACUAAUAAAAAGUGUACACUAUUGCCCGGCUACAAAAAAAAUGUAUGAGCAUAAACACACCGACUUCACAUCUCCGAACUUCGCGUUUACUUCGGCUACAUCUAAUUGCACUUACCCAUCGAGAGAUGAUGACGGUAAUCUCUUAGAAACUGAGUUUGGGCUCUCUGUUUUUAAAGAUCGGCAGUUUUUAACAAUUCAAGAAUCCGUUGAAAAAAGUCCAGCUGGGCAAGCGGCCCGGUUUGUUGAUGUGUUAGUGGAUGAUGAUUUGAUGGAUAUGUCUAAACCUGGUGACAGGGUAAUGGUUGUUGGUAUUUAUCGUAGUUUUUUGCCACCAAAAGGCAGCAUUUUUUUUAAAACUAUGGUUAUUGCAAAUAACAUAAUCAAAAAUGCAAAUUUUUCAGUAGACAGGUCAGAUAUUACGCUUUGCAGAAAAUUAUCAGAUAAAAAUAAAGACGCUAUAUUUGAUUUACUGGCUGAUUCAAUAGCGCUCACCAUCCAUGGUCAUGUAAAUGUGAAAAAAGCAAUUGUAUGCUUAUUGUUGGGUGGUAUAGAAACAAUAUUACCCAACAACACACGUAUACGUGGAGAUAUACAUGUUUUACUAGUUGGAGAUUCAGCAGUUUCAAAAUCACAAUUGCUAAGAUAUGUGUUGCAGGUUGGUCCAUUAGCUGUAUGCACAACAGGUAGAGGAUCUAUAGGGGUUGGUUUGACUGCUUUUGUCACUACGAAUAAAGCAACUAAAGGUCUUCAGUUAGACGCUGAAGCUAUGGUACUUACUGACAGAGGUGUGGUGUGUAUUGAUGAAUUUGACAAAAUGUCAGAUAUUGACAGAGUAGCUAUACAUGAGGCUAUGGAACAAGGGAGGGUGUCUAUUUCAAAAGCUGGUAUACAUGCAAAGCUUAAUGCAGUUUUAGCAGCUGCUAACCCACUUGGUGGUAGAUAUAAUCAACAUAUAACUCCAACGGCUAACAUAGGCAUGCAAGAUUCAUUACUGUCUCGGUUUGAUUUAAUGAUGAUCAUGUUGGAUGUACCUAAUCGUGAAAAUGAUAUUUUUAUAAGUGAUCAUGUAAUGUGCAUGCAUAGAUAUAGAGAUCCUAAAGAACAAGACGGUGAAGUGUUGCCAUUGACUUCAGAUGUGGAUGUUUUGAGUACAAAAAGAUUGGAAUAUGAAACAACAAACACGUCAAGGGAGCUGGUCGACGUCUUCGAGAAAUACAACAGUUUACAAAUACAACAGAAAAAAUAUCAAAAUUAUUCCUGCAUCUAGCUCUACACGAUGGUGUAGUUCGAUGCAAAAUGUACUAAGCCACAGAGGUGCCCGGCAUAGUAUUAGUAUUAGUUAUUUUUAACUUCAGAAGCUCAUAAAAAAUUAUUUCGCUAAAUUUCCACUAACUUAUGAGGAACGUCUGUCUAGUACUACAAUUUCAAAUUUUUUGAACAGAGCAUAAAAUAUUUUAUUGUCAUUAAUUUAAAAAAACCAAAAAAACUCGACUUUUUCUUACGCCUAUAAAUAACUCAAAAAGAUACUUCGAAAAUUGUAUGGUGCAUAGAAAUUGCUAUAAUACAAACAUCCAGUGAAAAUUGCAUAUUUAUCGACGAUCAAUUAUAGUGAAGAUUCUGAGCGAUGAAAAACAAAAGAAAAAUUAGAGAAAAACGGUAAUUUUUACGUAAAAUUGGUAGGUAUUUGACUCAAUCGAUUAUGGUUUUUGCCUUUUUGUGUAACUCUAAAACAAAUCAACGUACAUACAUUACACUUCUACCGGUUGUAUAUACUAGCAUUUUCUAUACACUAUAAAAUUUUCAAAAUAUUAUCAUUUGUUUUGAACUGUUUACGGACAUUUUCAGUUUCAAUUUUUUUUAGACUCUCCUUCUAUGAAUGUCAAUAAAAUGUUAUUUGUUGGGUAAAAAAGCUUGAAAAUUUAACAUAAGGAUCCUAAUAUUUUUUGACAAUAAUAUUUGGAAAAUAUUAAAAAUCCAGUCAAAAUUCUUUUUUAUACCUAUUACCUACGCAUUUAAAGUUAAACUCUUGACAAAAUACGUAAAAAUCACGAAAAUCAGCAAAUUAUUUUGAGUUAAGAAUUCAUAAAAAUUUUGUUUUUAAUUUGAAAAUGUAAUAAAAAAUUUCUCAUAAACCUGUCUACCUUUAUCAAAACAAAAAAUUUCUACAAGCAAAUUAAAUUAAAUUUUUAUGAGCGUUUGAAGUUCAUAUUUUUAAUCGAUUUCACUCGAUUUCUCAAGUAGGGAUUUUCUUAUUUUUUUGUAAUUCAAAAACAAAUAACUUAAAUACAUGAACAUUUCACCGAAUGUUUAUAUUUUCUUUUUCUAUACACCAUACAACUUUGAAAAUUUUGACUUUUUUUGAGCUGGUUACGGACAAUUUUAAGUUUCUAUUUUUAGAUUUUUUUUCUAUAAAUAUUGAUAAAAUUUUAUUUGUUGGGGUCAAAAAAAUUGAAAAAUUAAUACGAGGCUCCUGAUAUGUUGUUACUAUAGCAUUUGAAAAAUAUUAAUAAUACAUAGGCACCAUUUUUUUUAUAAUAUUUUAUUAUUAAGUUCAAAUUUUGACGAAAUAUGUGAAAUUGAAAAUUUACAAAUUAUUUAGUACUUAAAAAUGUAUAAAAUGUUCAGUUUUUAUAGCUAAGGAUUAACAAUUUAAAACAAAAUAAUAAAUAUAAAUUACUUUAUUCACAAUAAUAUCAUCAAAUAUACCUAGUAAUAUAUCAUAAGCUGACUGGCCAUCUUCGCUCAGAAUCGUUUUUCUUAUACAAUGAUAAUAUAUCAUUAAAUUUAAAUUUAAUAUAAUCCAUUACAUUGACUCAUUUUUAACCUACUGUACAGCAGUGUGACACUCACUAGUCCACCUUUUUUAAUCAUGUUCUUAAAUUUGCUGGACAUUUAUCAAGAAUGUAUGCAUUUAUGUUCUCAAAAUAUCAAAAUAUGCAUUUAAAAUAAAACCCUAAAAUAUGAUAAAUAAAAAUGUUAUUUUUUGAUUUAGUAGAAUAUGAAUUAAAUUUGUAUCUAUUUCUAAUCUAUUUUAAUAUACUAUGAAUAUAUAGAAUUUAUCAGGUGAAAGAUACAAAAAUGAUGGGUAUCAAAAAUUACCAUAAUUAUUUUAAAGAAAAUAUAAAUGGUGAUGAAUUAGAAACGUUAACUAAACAUACAAAUAUAGAGAGGUUUGGUGAAAAUAUAAUUAUCUCAAUCACAGUAAUAUUAAUAUAGGUAUAAUGCAUUAUUUAUGCAAACGCAAUAUCUUAAUAGACAUUGCAUUUUUAGGUGACAGUUGGUUCAACUGAACAAAUUAUUAAGGCAGUCAUACAGAGUACUGUUGGAUAGUUAUUCUGAAAAUUGUACAUUUGUACUCUACCCAGUAACUGAUUUUGUGUCAAAACGUCUAGUAAGUUAAUUUGUAUUAAUUCAAAAAAAUUAAACUGUACCUAAGUAAAAUUAUUAUUUUAAUCUAAUUAUCUUUAUUUUUAAUCUUAAAAAAAAUGUCUUCCAUAGUAUCAAAUUUAAAUAUCAAUAAUGAUUAAUGACUGUGGUUUGAAGAAAAAAAUAUUUCGAUUAAAAAUCUACCACUUACUAAAAAUUCUCGCCAUUAAUCAUAUGUAAAG